AUCAGCCGCAGAGCCGCACGACAGGCUUGGCUAUGAGCGACCGGGGGCGUGGUGGCGGCCGUGGCGGCGGUGGCCGUGGCCGCAGCGGCAGCCGCGGCGGCGGCGGUGGCGAGCGCGGGCGCAGCGGCGGGCGCGGCGGCAGAAGCCUGGGCCGGGGCGGCGACCGGGAUGGAGGCAGGGGUGGCCGAGGCGAUGGCGGCCGUGGCCGCGGGAGCAGUGAGGGUGGCCGCGGUGGCGGCUUCGCAGGCCGGGGCGGAAGCCGGGGCGGCGGCGGCGGCUUUCGUGGCCGGGGACGCGGCGGCGGGGACUUUGGCGGCCGGGGCCGUGGCGGCGGCGGCUUUGGCGGCCGUGGUGGCGGGCGUUUCGAUAAGAAGCGUGGUGCGGGCGGUGACGGCGACACGCCGGCCCCGAAGCGCACCAAGACAGACGCUGAGAUUGCGGAUGCCGUGGCUGGGGUGGUGGCGAAUGGCACCGACGAUGCUCCCGCUGCCGCUGCAGUGACGGCGCCGGGUGCUGCUGCUGCGCCUCAGGGCGCCGGCAAGGGCGCGAAGCCCAAGGGGAAGGGCGCGGCCGCUGCCGGCGCCGCAGCCGCCGCGGCAGCGGCUGCAGCGACUGCCUCCGCUGCUGCUGCGUCUGCCGCGGCAGGGGCCGCCACCGCCACAGCCAAGGCCGCCGCCGCCGUCGCUGACGCCGCUGCGCCGGGCGGCGCGACGGAUGCUGCGGGGCAAAACGCCGCGGACAAGGCUCCGAAGCAAAAGGGCAAGUCACCCGUAAACUCCAAUUGGGAGGCCAUGCGAGAGAAGGUGGUGGCGGCUGCGAAGCGCCCACCGCCGCCGGAGCACGUGCAGCGGCGGUUGGCGAAGAAGAAGUCUGCGGCCGCGGCGGCGGCGGAGGCAGCAGAGGCGGAUGGCAGCAAGGGAGCGGCGGCGGCGGCCGCCGCAGCGGCAGGUGCACGGCGUCCUGGGCUGGUUGGCACGGAGACGGGGCUUACAAAGGUUCUGGCCCUGGAUUGCGAGAUGGUGGGCACGGGCCCCAACGGCUCCGUGAGCGCGCUGGCGCGUGUGUGCCUGGUCAACGGCGCGGGGGCGGUGCUGCUGGACACAUUCGUGCGGCCCAACGAGCCGGUGACUGACUACAGGACCUGGGUGUCGGGCGUGCGGCCGGAGGACGUGGCGCGCGGGCGGCCGUACGACGAGGUGGUGCAGCAGGUGGGCGACAUGGUGCGGGGCCGUGUGCUGGUGGGGCACGCCAUCGGGCACGACCUCAAAGCGCUGCGGCUGGAGGACCACCCGCGCACCCACCUGCGCGACACCAGCAAGUGGCCGGGCCUGAUGAAGACACUGCCCAACGGCCGCAAAGUGUCGGCAUCGCUCAAGGACCUAGCUGCCACGCACCUGGGCCUGGCCAUACAGCAGGGCGAGCACACGCCGGUGGAUGACGCCCGCGCAGCCCUGUACCUGUACCAGAAGUUCCACAGGGAGUGGGAGGCUGCUGUGAAGGCCGGCCAGCUGACGCCCAUUGGCGGCGGCGGCAAGAAGAAGGAGAAAGGCCGGGGCGGGCGCGAGGAGCGCGGAGGCAGGGGCCGGGGCAAGCUGGCCGGGGCCCGGCGGACCAGCCGCAGCAAGGAUGAUGAGGACGGGGCGCUAGGCGCCAAGGGCGGCGGCGUGCGCAAGCGGUCAGGCGGCGCGGCGGGCGACUCGAAGGGCAAGAAGGGCGGGGCGGCGGCCAAGCCGCUGUGGUCGCUCGCCACUGACCCGUAUGCGGACCUGUAAGGCCUCCGGGGAUGCAGCGAUCAGGGCCAGUGGGACUUCGUUGGCGGAUGUUUGCCUUUGUCUGUGUGUUUUGGGUGCAGACUGUGUGUUUGGGUGCGGAGGUACGCAAUGUAUGGUUACUUCCUUACAGAAGGGUUGUGUUUAAGUGGGCAUGUGAGCCCAAGACACCGUGAUGCCUCGUGUUUGCGUGUUAGGAAAGCGCAAGGGGAAUGGUUGGGGUGGUGUGGGUUGGGUGUAUGAGACGAUGGGAACAUUUCGCUGGGCCGGCACUCUCCACUUGCGGUGGACAACACCCUACAAGUAGGUCGCCUUUCUGGGUGCAGGCUGCUGGGUGCAGGCUGCUUGGGUGCCUGCAGGCUGCUGCUGCGAGGACGUGCGGAUGCCCCGUUCUUGGACGCGACCAUGGCCGCCUUUUAAAAGCAGCCACGGCG